AUGAUUGUUGGCCCUGGCUUUAGGCUGUGGGCUAUCACUCUAACGGCAUUAUACCUCAGUCACUCAAUUGGUUAUAAGCCAAGCCGCGUCAGAGAAUAUAUGUUGGAGAAAAUCAUAAAGAGAUCAAGCAAGACAGGUACCUUAUUUUGUCUAUUCAUGAAAAGAUAAUUUCAGUUUCUAGUGUUUUUUUUUUUGCGCUAUCUAUAGAUCGAUUAAUAUAUAUUUGUUCUAUAACAUUAGGCGUUCGUGGACCGCGAUUUUAAAAUGGAAUUGCCAGCAGACAUAUGAUUGUGAAUUAAACUUAGAAAAUUGGCGUGUCAAACAUUGACGGGAAGUCCGAAGACUACAGCAAAGCUGAUUUAAAACAACGUGUAUUGUUUUUUAUAACAAUAUUUCGGCUGGCCAUACCAGCCUUCUUCAGGUUUACAGAUGUUACUGAACUUAAGUAGCAAUCACAAUAUUAUAUAGAUGGUGAAUGUCGCAAUAAAAGGGAGAGGCGGAAAUGACAUACAACAUAAAAACUGGAAAGGAAACAUACUAAGGAUAUGGAUUACAAUAAUUCGUCUGGGCGGUUUGGCGUAAAUCGCCGUGACGAAUUAUAUAAUAUUGUGAUUGCUACAUAAGUUCAGUAACAUCUGUAAACCUUAUUGUUUAUAAAAAACAAUACACGUCGUUUUAAAUCAGCUUUGCUGUAGUCUUCGGACUUCUCGUUUUUGUUCUUUAUAUUUUGGCUGAUUUGAUCUCUUCUCUAGAGAUCCAACGUUUACAACUAGCAGGAUCUUCGUCCACGGUUUUUGCAGUUAAUUUAAUCCUUUAUUAGUGUCAAACAUUGCAUUCAAAAUCAUUCAAUUCUAAUUUGAAUUUCAAAUACGUGGAUGAUUUUCCUCGGCUUCCCCUGAAUGAGAUGUCUUAAUUCCUUUGUCAAAAAAUAAGAGCAUGUGGAAUAAAAAGCUACUGAGUAAUAUCACGCAGUUAUAACUGAUACUAAAUUUAAAGUGAAAAAAAAAGUGGGAGUGUUUUAACCUGUUGUGCACCCCCCUCCCCCACCCCCCCUCGGACUCGUGUAAUUUUACUACUCAAGAGAGUACAAAUAUAGUCAUUUUGUAGCUUGUUAUAUUCGUUUGCAGGCAGUUGAAUAACAUUAAGCAUAAACCAGUGACACCUAUGGCAUUUUUUAUGUACCAAAUACAACUUUCUAAAUCCGGUGGAAAAAUACGAAUAAAAUCAGUUUUUGUUGCGAAGACCAAAAAGCCUGACCAAUAAUAUUGGCUUAAUUUAUUUAAAUCGAUUAUAUCGGGAAAAUGAUAAAGCUGGAGACACGUCAUUCCAGAAACAAAAUGUUUUCAGAGAGGUUUUUGGAAAAGUCUUCAACUGAAUUUCAGUUGGUGAAAAUAAAGGUUCAAAAAGCCCCAUGUGGGGUAAUUAUUAGAUUCCUAAAUCCGGUUCAUUUUUGCUGGUGGAAUCCUGAAGCCAGGUAUUUGGAAUACAGAAUCCAAAGUGCGGAAAAGGGAAACAAGGGAAACAGGGGAACAAGGGAAACAGGGCAGCAAAGGGAACAGGGGAGCAAAUGGAAUAAGGGGAACAGGGGGAACAGGGGAACAAGGGAACAAGGGGAACAGGAGGAACAGGGGAGCAAGGGGAACAAGGGAACAGGGGAACAAGAGGAACAGGGGGACAGGGGAACAGAGGAGGGAACAAGGGGAAUAAGGGAAACAGGGGAACAGGGGGACAGGGGAGGGAAUAAGGGGAUCAGGGGAGCAAGAGGAACAAGGGUACAGGGGAACAGGGGAACAAGGGGAACAAGGGGAACAAGGGAACAGGGGAACGGGGGAGCAAGAGGAACAAGGGGACCGGGGAACAGGGGAACAAGGGGAACAGGGGAACAGGGGAACAGGGGAACAGGGGAACAGGGGAACAGGGGAACAGGGGAACAGGGAAACAGGGGAACAGGGGAACAAGGGGAACAGGGGAACAAGGGGAACAGGUGAACAGGGGAACAGGAGAUUGGCUUUGGAAUACGGAAUCCAGAAUCUAAGUCCGUAAUGGAUUACCUUAAUUACAUGGGGCGAUUUAGAAAUUACAAACUCUUAACUCCUGAACUGGAGUGCGCUCCAGUUUAGGAACAAAAACUAUAAACUAUUCUUAUUUUUUUCAGUUUUAUACCGUGUAUCGGUCACAACUGCCGAUGAUGAAAUCGGGACUGGUACUGACGCGGAUGUCUUUCUCCAGAUCUUUGGUGAAAAAGGAAACACAAGUGUUGUGGAAUUAACAAAGUCAGGCAACCUGUUUGAAAGUGGACAGUAAGGGCCUUUCAUAUUACUUUCCUUAAAGUUCUUCGCAGACUUUGCCUUGAGGAUUUUUCUUUCGCGCACAUCACAGAAGGUUUAUUUGCGAAUAUACUGAAAAUAGGUUGGUUGACAUUUAAUAUGAAACUUAGGUUGAGGGAGGACUCUUGUUGAUUUUUUUGGAGGAAAUAGUGUUGAUUUGAGAAGGAAAGAAAUUAGGGUAGAAAUGGUAUACACAUAAACCAGUUAGUCCGCUGAUAAGCUUAAAGGCACCUUGUUUCGGCGGUCACCGUGGGGGACCAUCUGGUAUUUGAAACUAAUAAUUUUCUUCAUAUUUUAAUUUUCAACAACCUCCAAAUCUAGUAUUUUCCAACUUUCCACAAUUUUAAACUUCACUCCCUCAUCCCCCAAUUUUUUAUUCAUCAAAACAUUCGAAAAAUCGUCCAAAAAUUUACACACAUUGAACCAAUGACUCCGACCGUAUUGAGCCAUUUUUUGAUUGAAUGAAAUCUUGGCUAUAUUUGGAAGAAAAAGGGCAGAAAUGAACGAAAAACAAGACUUUUGACCAGCUACGUUUUCACUAAAUAGAUUUCAACUAUGCCAAAAGCGAACCUAAAAGCGAAAGAAAGGUUACUUAACAAUUAAUGAAUGAGGCUGAGUAUGAUUUGAAGAAUUAUGGAGAUCGAAGAGAGUGUUAUCCGUCGCGAGAUCUCCAUAAUUCUUCAUAUGAUACGAAAGCCGAAUUCAAUAAUUGUUUUAUUAUUCAUUUAAAAGAAUUCCUAGUUUAAAAACACAGCUAAAACAAGCUUACCUGCAUCGAUGUUAAGUUUAUCUUCGAUAGUUUACGUUUAGGUUUGUCCAGCUCCGCAAAUAUUCUCCAAAUAGCAGAUUUCGCCCUCCGAGUUGUCUUCUUACUGUUUUUGCUAUGUUUUUAGCCAUUAUUUCGCCUAGUUCCAGCUGUAGCUCUUACUUGAAACGGGUGAAGUGUCCGCCAUUUUAGUUUUCACAACGAAAACAACUCAAUCUCGUGCCCAGGUCUUCUCGGUUAACGGUGCAUUAACCUGUAGAAGGCUGCAUUUUUGACGUCAUUUCCUCGUUAAACACAAAAUUCUUCUAAAUUUGGUCAUCAGAAACUGGUUAUGGUGAAUUAUGCGUGUGCUUUUAGCCAACCAGAGUUGGGGAAAUAUUUUGAAUGAAUAAACUGAUUUAAGUUAGGCUGUUUUCUCUUUCAGGAAAGAUGAAUUUACUUUAGUGGAGAAUUUUGUUGGUACUUUGACAAAAGUUGGAAUAAAACGCAACGAAAAAGGCUUAUUUGACGCCUGGAAAUUAGCUAUGGUAAGAAUUGUUUCAUUUCAAUGUUUAUUUAUAAUGUUAAUCGCUUCACAUUCCCUGCUGUAUCACGUGAUGUCUCUCUUCAUUUUUCUUACUAAAAGCAAAUGUUCGAGUCCGGGUUGAUUUCUUCGCCUAUUUACCAGGAAUAAAAGAAGUAUCCACUGCAUAGAUUCAUGACAGAUAAAUACUCCACUCAGCUGGAAAAAAACCCACCACUUGCGAAAGAGAAAUUGCAAUAACAAACGGAAAUCUUAACAAAUACAGAAAUAAGUGGACCACGCUGUGCAUUUCUGAUUAGUGUUGGAUUUAUAGUAAAUUAGCAAACAUUUUUCUAUUUGUUCUGCUUGUUGUUGUUAAUCUGUUGAACCUUCGUAUUUCACUUUUUUUGCUUGUUUGUUUAUUCCUUUUUUUUUACUGUUUCGCCUCCUCUUUAUUUGCCGCCCUGUUAAUGUAAAGUUUAUUGUAAUGUUAUGUUAAAUGAUGUUUUAUAAAUAAAUUCUUAAAAAAAAGAAACUAGUUAUAUCUACUUACCAAGUAAAUAACUGAAAAAUAAAUAGUCAUUUUAUCGCUCUUUCUUAGUAUUUCACUCUCGGCUUUUCAGAUCACUGUUCAACCGGUUGGCUCUUUGGUUUACAAAUUUCAGUUUAACCAGUGGAUAAGACCCAACGAAUGGACUUACAGUUAUGAAGGAUGAUAGAUCACUUGUUGCUUAUCGUGUUUUAAAAGUACACAGAAGUUGACUUCCGAAAGUUUUGCAAAGUAGAAUAGUAUCUCAGGACAUUUGCUAUAGUACAGUGUUGAAGAUGAGUUAAGCUUUUUAUGUGUGAUCAACCCUACUAACCUCAUGAACAACCUGGAUAAAUAAAGUCAUUUACAAUACAC